AGUAACUGGCCAUGACCCCGGACCUUUAUUUCUACAGUAUUUCCGCUACCGGGUGAACAUUUAUUUUGGGACGACAGUGGGAAGGUGGAGGUUGUCCAAGUGCCGGGCUGGGCUGGGAUGUCGGCCCACGGUGGGGGCAGACGUCGGUUGGCGGGCGAGGAGGAGGAAGAGGACCCGGUGGACAGGAUGAUCUCGCAGACCGGCUGCACCCGCUUCCACCACGCAGUGCAGGACUGCAUGGCAGAGCACCAGGACUGGCGCCGGUGCCAGGAGGCUGUGCGGGAGUUCAAGCGGUGCAUGGAGGAGCACCAGAGGGAGCGGGGUUCCCCGGGGGUCCGACGUCAGCCCAACCCGGCCACCACCUGACCACCGGCAGCCCACGGAAUCCACGCAGGAACCAGCCAGGACCUCGUCUGAGGCGGCUCGGAGUGAGAGGCCCUUUGGCCUAUCUCAAACCACCUGCUCCUCGGCCCCACUGCCAGCUGUGUAAUGGGACGCAGUUCAGAAUUGGGUGGAGCUGUUGCUGGAAGACUUUCCCCGUUGCUUUCUGGAGAACGUAAAGGGAAAAUAAAUACACUUUUAUAGCGA